GAAAUAGUUGCCCAGCAACAGAACCCAAACUUUAAAACCGAGACGGUCAUCUGCUAACUUUACUCUGUUGUCAGACUGAGGAUGAGUGCCGGGCGGGCAUCAGAGGGAGCGGGCUGCAUCACCUGGUGGGGCUUCAGUCCUGCGCGAGACCUGUUGAGUACAGGCCCUGUAAAACGCGGCAGGGAUGUGAAUGUUUUACUAGUCGGCAGUGGAGAUACACGACAUAUUUUGAAGACCAUUUCUGGUUUGCAAGACAAAGAGAGACUUCAUGUGUGGGUGAUAGAAAGCAGCAUGGAGGUGGUGGCUAGACAGCUGUUGCUCCUCUACCUGGCACUGAUGCCAAAGGAAAGCAUGGGUGAUAAUGAAAAGACAGAGGUUUUCCUGGAGGUUUUUGGGAACGGUGAGAUCCGCAGUCAGACAGGAGAGACGCUGAGACAUGCAGCAUCGCACCUCUCUCUGUCUGUUACUGAAACAUUAGAGACAGCUGCACACUCCUGUCUAAACACAACUCUUCUCAAGUUCAAGGAGCGAGAUGAGCUGGCCAGGAUAUUUAAGUUGUGGAACCAAACUCAGUCUUCAUCAUCUUCAUCUCAGAGUGUGGCUCCUAUCUUAAUGUCCAAAGCCUGGGAUUAUCGGGUCAGGCAGCACCUUGGAACCCGCUACGACUCAAAAAUUGGCUGCUUUGACUGGGACCUGAAAAUGAAGCUGCACGAAAAAGGGUGCGGUGUCAUCAGCAAACAACAAUAUGCGCGAUGGAGGGAGAGGGGUUUGGCGUUUGAAAUGAGGGAAGGUGUCUACCAAAUAACCAAUCCAAGUUUACUCUCUUCCAGAGUGUUCAGUCAGAAAGGAAACAAAGUGGCUGUCAGGGGCUACUGGGGAGACAUUGUUUCCAGCCCUUACCUCUCCUUUGGCAUUGAAACUGAUGACAAGGGCAUGCUGAAAACACAAAAUGGGCGACACAUAAAGACCGCCCAGGAUAUCUCCUUUGCAAAUCUACAGGAAUUGUUCCACUCCAUGUCCAGUAGAUGGGGCUGCCCCAACACUUCUCAGUCUGACGCAGAGCAGCUGUCAUCAGAGUCUGAGCGAAAAUCUGUCACUGUCAACGACUUGAUGCAUCCGAGUGGGAUCUCUGUGACCUUCCUGCCUUUGGACUCACUUGAUAAACUGCCAGAAAAACCGAAAUACUCCCACUUCUUUAACUCCAUCUACUUCUCUUUCAGCUGCGUGCAAAAGUUGGGCCCGAUGGUGAGAAAGAUUGCAGCACCAGACGCUGUGCUCGUCGUGGAGUUGGCCAAGUAUAUUUUGGAUGUAAACAAACAGCAACAAGAGGGCUUUGCAGAGAAAGUGGUUAGCAUGGCUCUGGAAGCCGAAUUUGAGCUGUGGCAUGAGGGGAAGAGCGAUGACGUCCAUGCUGUUUUCAUACCAAAGAGGAAUUAAAUGUGGUUUGUGUAUUUGCUCCCAUUUGCAGAAGCAAAUAUCACAAAUAUGCCAUAGCAAAUGUAAUAUUGCUUCACAUCAUCACAGACAUUUUACAAGAUCGCAUGCAGAGCUGAUUUAUUUUCACACCUAAUAAGAAACAACUGUGAGAGUAUUUCAUUUCAGAUUUCAAUGUUGCUGCUAGAAAAUGUCCAUUUUACUGUAUGUAUAUAUUUUACAGACACAAAAUGUUUUGCAAAUGCGAGUGGAUACAUAUUUCAAUAAAUCCAACACAUAAAUAUCUGGAAAUCUUGUCCUUAAACUGCUCUUCUUUUUUCCUCCUGUGUGUGUUUACUUCCAACAUCGUGCGUAGGGGUAGGUAACAUCGUAUUCUGUCCUAUUAAGUGAUAAUAUCAUUUUUUCCAAAAAUGCCGUUUUUUUCAAAAAUGAGAAAAACCAAAUCCUAUUUUAUUUUGGUUUUUUUCCCCCCUUUUUCAAAACAUCAUAACUUGG